GGCUGACUCAGGGGAGGGUAAUGGCGUCGGCUGAGCUUCUUGUCCUAGUUGAAGGGUCGAAGCGGCUCCUGGGAGAGAGAGAGGAUGCCAAGAAGAGCUCUCUGGACAACAGAGAAUGAAAAGCAGCAUAAAAAUGCAAAAUAAACCAUCAUUCAAAAUAUUUUGCAAUUCCUCUAGAAAGUUUAAAAAUUCUUCUUCCUCAGCAGAUGACAGACUAGGGAAAGAAUAACAAGUACAAAGUUUUGAGCUGGAAAAAUAGAGCACAUGGAACUGAAGAAAAACAUUAAAUGAGAAAUCAAGGAGGAUAAUAUCUAAAUAAAGAAAAAGUGAGGAACAAUUUGAAGUCUUUAGGUAGAAAAAGGUUCCAUGUAUAGCCAAAAUUGGCAGACAUUAAUUAAGGCAUCUGAGGAAGGAAACAAGGCUAGAAUCAAACAUCCACCAGGCAAGAGAUCAGAAAUAUUUUUCACUGCCUCAAGAAUCCAAGCAUAUCAGUGUUAGAAAAACCUCAUAGACUUCCUAAUGUGGGAAGAACACAGAUUGCAGAUCACAUUUGAUUAUGCAGGAGAGAAUCCAUCCAGUGAAAAGCCAUAUAAAUGCUUGGAGUGCGGCAAAAUCUUUUCUUGGAAAACUUCUUCAUGAUUCAUGGAAGAACACAUACUGGAGAAAAGCCCUGCCUUUGAAUGUCCUGUUUGUGGGAAAAGUUUCAGUCAAAAUUCUCACCUGGUAGAACACCAGAUGACCCACUCAGGAAAGAAAUCAUAUAAAUGUCCUGUUUGUGGGAAAAGUUUCAGUCAGAAUUCCAACCUGGUGGAACACCAUAGAACUCACACAGGAGAAAAACCAUAUCAGUGUCUGGAUUGUGGGAAACAGUUCAGUCAGAGUUCCUGCCUUGCGAAACACCAGAGGACUCACACAGGAGAAAAACCAUAUGAGUGUCUAUACUGUGGGAAAAGUUUCAGUCAGAAUUAUUACCUGGUGAAACACCACAGGACUCACACAGGAGAAAAGCCGUAUGAGUGCCUGGAUUGUGGGAAAAGUUUCCGUUGGCAUGCCAACCUGGUGGAACACCACAGAACACACACAGGAGAGAAACCAUAUAAAUGUAGUGAUUGUGGAAGAGGUUUCAAGCAGAGUUCUAAGCUUGUGAGACACCAGAGAACUCACACAGGAGAAAAA